AUGGCGGGGUUCGCAAUAUCAAAUUCGGACGACGGUCCGAAACAAUUCGAGGGGAAAAUUACGUUCUAUGUAGUGUUAUGUGGAAUAAUUGCGGCCACAGGUGGAUUGAUGUUUGGUUAUGAUGUUGGCAUCUCGGGAGGGGUGACAUCAAUGGAUGACUUCCUGCAGAAAUUCUUCCCUAAGGUCUACGUGAAGAAACACGAAGUCAAGGAGGACAACUACUGCAAGUUCGAUGACCAAGGCCUUCAGCUCUUCACCUCAUCUCUCUACCUUGCUGCUCUUAUGUCGAGCUUUCUUGCCUCGAAAACGUGCAAAAGUUAUGGUAGAAAGAUGACGAUGCAAGCAGCAUCCAUCUUUUUCCUGGUGGGUGUUGUUCUUAAUGCGGCAGCUCGAGAUCUAGCCAUGCUAAUCAUUGGACGAAUCCUUCUCGGCGUUGGUAUAGGAUUCGCCAACCAGGCAGUUCCACUGUUUUUAUCAGAAAUUGCACCAGUACGAAUUCGAGGAGCUCUCAACAUCCUUUUUCAGCUCGACGUAACGAUCGGGAUUCUCAUAGCAAACGUUGUGAACUAUUUCACUUCAACUAUUCGACCAUGGGGAUGGAGAUUAUCGCUCGGCCUUGCCGGUGUGCCGGCGAUAAUUCUAUUCUUAGGCUCCUUAUUAAUCACCGAGACGCCCACAAGCCUCAUCGAGCGUCAGAAAUUGGAUGAAGGUCUAGCCAUGCUCAAGAAGAUCAGGGGUACCGAGAAAGUAGAGUUGGAGUUCAAUGAGAUUGUGCAUGCUAGCAAGAUCGCCCAAGAAGUGAAGCGCCCAUUCCGAAAUGUGAUGAUGAGAUCGAGUCGCCCACAAUUGGUUAUUGCAAUAUUGAUGCAAGUCUUUCAGCAAUUCACCGGAAUCAAUGCCAUAAUGUUCUAUGCACCCGUCCUCUUCCAAACAAUUGGAUUCAAGAACGAUGGUUCAUUGCUCUCUGCAGUUAUCAUGGGCAGCGUAAAUGUUUUAUGCACAGUUGUUUCUAUACUCUUGGUGGAUCGGCUCGGGAGGAGGAUCUUGCUGCUAGAAGCUUGUGUCCAGAUGUUAAUUUCACAGGCUGCAAUUGGUGUCAUUCUACAACUAUUUAUGAAAGCGACCAACACCCUCCACCAAGAUGUGGCCAUUUGGGUGGUGGUGCUGGUAUGUCUCUUUGUGUCGAGCUUUGCAUGGUCAUGGGGACCUCUUGGCUGGUUGAUUCCAAGUGAGACCUUCCCACUGGAGACGAGGACGGCCGGGUUUGCCUUCGCGGUGAGCUCCAACAUGCUCUUCACCUUCGUCAUCGCUCAAGCCUUCCUCUCCAUGAUGUGUCACAUGAAAGCAGGGAUUUUCUUCUUCUUCGCCGCAUGGAUCGUGCUCAUGGCGCUGUUUGUUGUCUUCCUACUACCGGAGACAAAGAACGUGCCCAUCGAUGAGAUGAUGGAGAGGGUGUGGAAGAAACACUGGUAUUGGAAACGAUACGUGGAUCACGUAGAGAAUCGUAAUAGGACGAGUGAUGUUGAGGUUGCUACCAACUGACUUUGAAUUAAAUGAGAAGGAUACUGAGAUGCUGCGAUUAAUUAAUUUUUUUCUCUCCUUUUUUCCAAGCACGGAUUGUCCACGUCGGGCUUCAUGCGUUAACUUUUCUUUAUAUUCCAAUAUUGAACAGCAAUGCAGAAGUUUAUAUGGAAAAAGUAUGAAGCUAGCUGUUUACAACAUAUCCAAAAUUCUAUGUGGGGUUUAUACAUCUCUUGUGUGGAUGACACUUACGUUAU